AUGCUUUAUAGUACUACCUUGGCAAAGGCCGCAGUGGCGAGCGACCUAAAAUUCCAUCACGCCGGCACCGCUCAGCAGCACCAGCAUCAGCAGCGAGGACGAUUACUAAGAACCGUGCUGAAGCGGUGGGCUAGCGCUAGCAACCUCGGCGAACAGCAGCAGCUCCCAGAGGUGGGGUCGCCCAUCGAGCUGACGUCGUACCCGCCCGCCGAGAAAAGUCCAGCGCCGCCGGGCCCGGCCCCAAUCCCAGCUCCAGCCGCUGCACCCCUCGGCGUCCCCCGCCGCCGCCGCGCCGCCACCACCACCGCCGCCGCAGACCGAAGCGCUUAUCGCCGGAUCCCCGAGCUGCAGGAACCUGGUCCUCGCCGCGCCGUCACAACUAUCCCGCCGGCAUCGCCCGGCCUGCAGCCACCAUCACCACCACCACCAGCCAGCAGCACCCCGGAGCGCCGCGCCCGCUCCGCCCAGCCGCCGACGGCCUGCCGCCUGCACGCGCGGAGCGUGACGGCCAGCGAGAUCGUCUGGAAAGGCCAUUGGGACUAG